AUGGCCACGUCUCCCGCAGAUGGCGUCUCCAUACGGACGGUCAGACUCAAAGUCCUCUACACGUUUGAUGCCGAGCAAAAAGACAACCACCUUGCACGGUGGCCUCAAUCUUUAGAAGUGCAGACUGCCUUUAUCGACGACAUAAACCAGAUCGGCGUGAUCGAUCUGCGAACCUGUUUGGAAGCUGUCAUGACCGCCAGUCCCGAACUCGCCACUCUCGUCGAUAACGACUACACUAUUUACGCAUAUGAUUACUCAGAACCUGAUACACCAUUAGUUGGACAAGGAAUGUUGUCAAAAGCACUGGCUGGCCAAGCUCAAAACACCAGCAGUGAUGGCGAGGCCAUGGUCACGGGCAAGAUCUCCAAGAAUAUUAUGGGCUUGUUCUCCAAAAACGCUCAAGAGACGCUGGAAGUGAAACUUCGAUUCACACCUGUGAACACGUUCGCACAGGUCAGAUAUCGCUCAGGCAGUGUCAGCUCACAAGAUGGGAUGCGACCUCAGUGGAACAAUGGGCCUUCGCUACAGUCAUUGCAGCGAUCAGCUUCACCGAUUGACACUUCGGGCCUAGAGACAAUGCAGCGGAUGCUGAGUGGCGAGACCCUGCAUGGAUCAGGAUCAGGAUCAGGAUCAGGAUCAGGAUCAGGAUCAGGCAGCAGACCUGGAACGCCAAUAACAACACAGCACCUCAGUCACCCCGUGCGGCAGCCUGGCCAUCCCUCCCGGCCAAAUUCACGAACGGGAAUGCGUCAGUCCGUCGAAGGAAGGCGCGAAUCGUUUCAGUCAGGAUAUUAUAGUGGUGACGAGAUCGGAGAAGAUGGUCCGGCAAGAAAGAGAGCGAAGACGACCAAAGUCGAUUUACCCACAAAAUCCAACUUCAAUAUUGAACGACAACCUGAGUCGCUAAGAGUCGUUGCAAGUACUGCAUCAAGCCUCCGACUUCAUCGCCCUAUCGCGGUAAACCCUGCAGCAGCUGUUCAGGCAAACUCUCAAAACGAAGAAGCGGCACGACCACCCACUCCGAUUCCUGCCUCGAAAACAGCCAAACCACGAGGAAAACCAGGACGACCACGAAAGAACCCGACUAGCAGCUUGGCCCAAGGAUCUCAAGUUAGGGAAUCAUCACCAGCAGCAGACGUGGGCCCGCAGCCUGAGCUCCUUGCUGUGCCUAUUGCUUCGCCUGAGGACACUCGAGGUCAAAGCGUCGGCAGUACACCUGCUAAUAUCCCAUCAUCACCACCCGUCAUGCCGGAAUUUCGACAGCCAGCGAUUACUAGUCCUGUACUUCCACCCGUCAUCGGUUCCUCCGGACAUGACUCAGGGUUUAUGAGUGGCAACCUUGAAGAUCUUUUUGGAGAUGAUCACUUGUUGCAAUUUGAUGACUUUAUUGUGGACAAACCAGACGAUCAGGACGUGGAUGAGCUGUUUCAAGAAAAGCAACGUCCGACUGAUCAAUAUCCCCCCGUCUUUGAAGAAGGCAACGAUGUGGAAGAGGCACAAUCCACGCAGCGGGGGUACAAUGUCAUGCCUCCACCCCUUUCUGUCGCACCAAAGCCGCUGGCUAGAGCACAAUCGUACACUCCAAUGCCCACACCACGAAUCAGCAUGUCAUCACCGCGACUGGCGCCUGCCCCUAUUCCGAGAGCUCGGCAGAUCAUGGAAGAGCAACGUGAGCAACAGCGGAAAAUAGCUCCAGCACCCCUUAUACCGAAGAGUGAUCCCCCACCUAGAGCACUACAUCGAGCGCAAACAUGGGCACCUGAUAGCGAUGUACCAAUGUCUGAUGCUCCUGGAGGCGAGGAGGCCAAAGCAAAGGCAGCGUCCAAGAAGAAGGUCGGCAAAGAGCAGACCAAGGCCAGGUUAGAGAAUGCUAUCGCAAAUGGAGUCAUGCCGCCUUUCUGUGACAACUGCGGCGCAAUAGAGACUCCUGCGUGGAGAAGAGCCUAUGUCAGAGUCUUCGAUUGCGCUUGGGAUGAUGUUGAGACGUCUCUGAACCAUGGUGAAUGCUGCUUCAAGGAGCCCAUUGACCACAACCCCGACGGGACUGUGAAAACUUUCCGGGCCUACAAAGUGGACAAGCGACAAGGUGACGACGAUUGGGACGCGAUCACGUUGUGCAAUCCGUGCGGCUUAUGGUUUCACAAGCAGAAAUGCCCUCGUCCUGCGUCAAAAUGGCAAAAGAAAGAUCCCAAGGAGAAGGGCAAGCGCAAACGGAAUCCACCAAAAGCCUUUGGAAAGACGAACGGAAGUUCCGGCCUCAGGAGUGAUGCACAGAGUCCUGGUAGCGAUGACUCUUCUCCAGGUGACUCGGCGACGGAUGCGCCUGAUGCGGAAGAAAACGACGCUGAAGUAUCUCAAAACGACAAUGCCGCAGCUGACGAUGGUGAACCACAAUUGCCGCCGAUCCCGCGCUCCCUGCGGGCAAACAGCGCAGGUCCGGGAACUCGAGGUCUACAGGCAAGAACCCGGCACCAGACUGGUGGCAGACAGGUGCAAUCAAGUCCUACACGUGCUCAUGGAUCAGAAGAUAUUCCUAUCGAGAUUGAUCUAACACCGAAGCCUGUGCGGAGGCAGCUGUUCCCUUCGCCGGACAAAACGCAGAUACGCUCGGAUUCUGGGGCGGCUAAUACAACUACUCAUGGCUCUUUGCCAGCGUUUGUGAGACGAAGCCCCAGACUGAAUAAAACCAGGGAUGCCUUUGCCGUACCAGCAGCGGCAGUCGAAUUGGGGGUCGACGGAAAGGAAAAUGUUGCGCCUGCCCCAGCAGUGGCAGAUGAUGGCCUGGCCGAGUUAUUCGAGGAGACCCCAGCCAAUAUUCAGCUACCGCCCAUGACUCCCACCCCCAAGAGACGAUCUGAGCGAAUCCUACUCAAGACACCAUCGAAGACGCCUCAACGUCAAUUCGGUGCCCAAUUGUCUCCCAAUGCCGAGCCAAUUCCCCAGUUCCGGACCCCAAAGGCCAGGCAAGAACCCCAUCCUGCUCUUACUGCGUUGCUUGGCACUGUGCAGAAAGACCUAUUGCAGAUGACACCUUUCACACGCUCGAUUCAUGAGGCCAUUACAAGUGAUCGACCGCUGGAUUUGGAUCUGACGGAGGAAGAUAAAGCUCUCUUGCGAGGCAAUGGGAAAAAGGCGACACCUCAGAAAGCCAUAUCAUUUGACUUUCCUGAUUUGCCGUCUCUCAAAAAUUCGUCCCCAAUAUCGGGUGACCAGCUCAUGAACUUCGACUUCUCAGAAAUGACGACCGAUCAACUGACUAGUGAUCUGAUUGAUCCUUUCACCAACACUGCGAUGACCAGUUCUCCCCCCACGGGAUUCUUCGGGUAUCUUGAUACCACGGAUAUGGAGAGCGGAGUCAACUCGAUGUGGGAGAGUCUGGUCAAUGUGAAUGCGGUGUAUCAUUCCGGGCAAUCUGCAUAUCCUGACCCUGAAGCAUUGACUGUUCCGGGAGCUGCGGUUCAAGGGGUACGCAGAAGCCCAAGAAAACAGAACGCGAAAUGA